CUGUGCUUUGGCUGUGUAAGCCUUCCUUAUUCCAGAUCUGCAGGGGACUGCUCGGAAGAGAAAAUGGCCUUGAGUUGCACCAGAGGAAGUUUGCAUUUAAUAUUAAGAAAUAUUUGCUCAUGGAAAGGGUUAUCAAGCACUGGAACAGGCUGCCCAGGGAAGUAGGGAAGUACUAUCCCUAGAGAUUUAAAAUACUUGCAUUUAUGGUUAUGGUAUAGUGGUAGACUUAAUGCUGGGUUAACAGUUGGACUUGGUCUUAAAGGCCUCUUCCAACCUCAACGAUUCUGCAACUCUGUGAAGCUGUAGGUGCUGGUCAGGCUCCCUUCUCAGUGAGUGGAGAGAGUGAAUCAUCUUUCCCCCAUUAUUAAGAAUAAAUGACAUUAAAGCUGUGUCAUGACCUCAGCAGGUCCUGUCAAGCUGGACUGCCAUGUCCUAGGAGUCCUUAGAUCCCUUGUAGUCAUCCUCCCAUGGCCCAGCCUGCACAGAGCUCUGUCUGAGGCAGUUUUUUGGCUUGACUAUAGGCAGUGCUGUGCAAGCAGCCUAGAAAUACCUGGAACGGUAGAUGCAGUUGGGUAUUUCCCGCCCAGUUCCUAUCACUUGCCUUGUUUUGACUCUUUCCCUGUUUUCCCUCCCAAAGCCUCCAGCAUCCCCAUGGUGCAGGUGGAGAACAGCAGCCAUGGGGACACACUGCAGUGCGAAGCCCCAUGCUGGUUCCCUUUCCCUGCCGUGCACUGGAUAGCCUACACUGGGGAGCACCUGCCCCAUGCUGCCAACACCAGCUAUGAGCUGAACCCUGAAAACAUCACUGUGAGGGUGGUUUCCCUCCUGCACAAUACCACUGCUAAUGCCAUCUACACCUGUUUGAUUGAAAACAGCAUUGCCAAUGCUAUGAGCAAUAUCAGAGUGACAGGUAGGGUUCAACAGCACCCGAAGACCCCAGGUGUCGGGGAGAGAAGAGCUUCAACAUUGCUCCUGGUGCACCAAAGGGUUUCUCCAGCAGCUGUGUCAGUCAGGGAAGGGACUGAAAGCAUGGCUAAUCCAAACACUUCUGUCUGUUCCUGGGAUGAAUGAAAGGGUCUGUGUUUGCUUCUGCUAUCUCACAUGCUUCUCAUGGUACUGAUUGUCACCUUGGCAUGGGGACAGAACUGCUAGGGGACCAGAAAGUGGGACACACUUCAAAGGAGUGUAUUGCUUGGUAUGUUAACCAAAACUAAACCAACCAACCAAACCCCAUAUCUUUUGACACUUUUUUUAGCCAGUUCAUCUUAGAUCCAAUUAGCGUACCAAGCCAAAAGGCCCCUUUAGUGGUUAUUGAUGACAAUUCCUCUAUCUCUAGCCUAAUCUCUUUAUUUAAAAGGCCAUUUUACUCACAGAAAAUCAAACUUUCCAAAGGUCCCAAGUAUAUUCUCCUGUUCUACAUGAGAAGGGCCGUAAUGUUUCUACAGGUAGGACUUCAUUGCAACUGGUCUCCAGUAGAAGAGGCAGGGUCUAUUUUCAUCCAUAUGCAGAAAAAUGGGAAGGAAUACAGACUUUAUUCACCUUCCCUGCUGUGUUCUUGUACUGGUAGCCUCUCAGUAUUCUGCUACAGAUUUCAGUGUUACAAAGGUGACCAGCUUGCAGAUGUUGAGCCUGAAUGCAGAGGCAGUUUCAUACUCCUUUCCAGCUUGUCACUGGAUGCUUUUGCUUCCCUCAUACCUGCUGUCAACAUAAAGCUCUAAAAAACAAUUGAAAACUCUGCUGGAUCUGGAGGUAAGCUUAUACAUGUAAAAAAUACGUAGAUCCUCUUUGGGAGUUUGGCUGCAGCAGCAAACCUAUCCCAAGCCUGCCAGAAUGGGAGAAUGUGUCUUUCCCCUCUGCCCACCCUUUCCCCAUCUCCAUCUUUAGGUGGGACACAUGGCUUGUCCUUCCCACAGGCUUCUCCUAUCACUUUCUGCAACCAGAGAGAUCCUUCUCUUGCACCAUCAACUCUCAGCUCUCACUUGUCCCCUUGUUCUUUUUCCUGUGCACCCUCUGGACCUGGGCUGCAGUUUAAGGCUGCAAAGCCAUAAAAGGGCUUUGGGCUUUUUCCUCUCCCUCCCUGCUUGCAAGACCUGCAACAGUACAAGGCUUGCUCACUCCCACUUUACUCACACAACUCCACAGUACGGUGUGCUGUCUCCAGUAAAUACUACAGACACCUUGAACAUGGUUAGAGGGAGCUGCCAGCCUGAGCAAUCCUCUGCAGAUCUGGAAUA